GUAGCGGGGAUUCCUCGCUGGAGAAGGAGUUCAGCUCAGCGAUCGUGGGACCCACGGUGAGCACACCCAACAGCCAGCACUCCUCCCCAAGCCGCUCGCUCAGCGCAAACUCUAUCAAGGUGGAGAUGUACAGCGAUGAGGAAGCCAGCCGGCUGCUGUCGCAGGACGACCGGAUGCUGGAGAAGGAGGACAGCGUGAUCGUGGAGGACUCGCUCUCGGAGCCCCUGGGCUACUGCGACGGGUCGGGCCAGGAGCCGCACUCCCCCGGGGGCAUCCGGCUGCCCAACGGCAAGCUGAAGUGCGACAUCUGCGGCAUGGUGUGCAUCGGCCCCAAUGUGCUGAUGGUGCACAAGCGCAGCCACACCGGAGAAAGGCCGUUCCACUGCAACCAGUGCGGAGCCUCCUUCACCCAGAAGGGAAACCUCCUGCGGCACAUCAAACUGCACUCCGGCGAGAAGCCCUUCAAAUGUCCCUUCUGCAACUACGCCUGCCGCAGGAGGGACGCACUCACCGGCCACCUGCGAACGCACUCCG